UAAAUUCAAAUCUAGAAUUACAAAGGAAGUGGCCCCCCCCAUUUCACUUGAGCCGUAGCUCAUUGAUGGCCCCUUUUCUACACACAGUGAGUGAGUGAGGCUUCUUCUGCUGCUCUGCUUCUGCUGCUUUCCAACGUCUCUCUGCCUCUGGGCUCUGAUCAUUCAAUUUCACCCUCUCUCUCUUUCCAUAACAAACUUCUGAUACGAUGAGAUAAGAACAAAAACCCAUUACACCAAUCCAAAUAUCCUCGCCUCAAUGCGUCGCAGACGCUCACAUUUCUCGUAAGUCACACACGCAAUAUCAAUAUGCAUACACCCCGCUGUAUCUAUAUAUAGGAAAGAAAGAAAGAAAAAAAGAGAGCCAUUUUACCUCUGAAGAAUUUCAGCUCAACUUCUUUCCCACGCCAAAUCUUGGGCACACUGACCAAGUCCAUUUCUCAAAGUCUGCAUCUUUUUGCAGAAGAAAGGCGGUUUCUUGAUUUGAUUUUCUGAGAUGGGACUGCGGUGGUGGCUGGCGGUGGUGGCGGGAUUGGUGGUUGGGGGUGUUUAUGGCUUCCCGGAGGAGGAUCUAGUGGUGAAAUUGCCAGGUCAGCCGGCGGUGAAGUUUAGGCAGUAUGCAGGCUAUGUCGACGUCGAUGUGAAAAAGGGGAGGAGUUUGUUUUACUAUUUUGUGGAAGCUGCUGAUGAACCUGAUCACAAGCCCUUAACUUUAUGGCUCAAUGGAGGUCCGGGUUGCUCAUCAAUGGGAGGAGGUGCGUUCACGGAGUUAGGUCCUUUCUUUCCUAUAGGGGAUGGCCGCAGCCUCCGAAUAAACUCAAGAUCGUGGAACAAAGCAUCGAAUCUUCUGUUUGUUGAGUCUCCAGCCGGUGUAGGGUGGUCGUAUUCAAACACCAGCUCCGACUACAAUUGUGGUGAUGCAUCCACAGCAAUGGAUAUGCACCUGUUCAUGAUGGGAUGGUACAGGAAGUUUCCUACAUUCAGAACCAGAGAUUUAUUUCUCACCGGUGAAAGUUAUGCCGGGCAUUACAUACCGCAAUUAGCUAUUGCUCUGCUGGACCAUAACGAGCACUCUAAAGACUUCAAGUUCAACAUUAAGGGUGUUGCUAUUGGCAACCCGCUUCUGAGGCUUGAUCGUGAUGUACCAGCAACAUACGAGUUCUUCUGGUCGCAUGGAAUGAUUUCGGAUGAAGUUGGACUUGCCAUUAUGAGCGACUGUGAUUUCGAUGAUUAUACAUUUGCUAGUCCGCACAAUGUGUCUAAAUCCUGCAACGAGGCCAUAUCCGAGGCAAAUGAGAUUGUUGGUGAAUAUGUUAACAAUUAUGAUGUUAUUCUGGAUGUGUGCUACCCAUCCAUUGUUGAGCAAGAACUGCGACUAAAAAAACUGGCUACCAAGAUCAGUGUUGGUGUAGAUGUCUGCAUGAGCUACGAAAGGCGCUUCUACUUCAAUCUUCCCGAGGUUCAAAAGGCUCUACAUGCAAAUCGAACCAAUCUACCGUAUAGUUGGUCAAUGUGCAGUGGCCUUCUGAAUUACAACGAGGUAGACGGUAACAUUGACAUUCUUCCUUUGCUAAAGAGGAUCAUUCGAAAUCACAUUCCAGUUUGGAUUUUUAGUGGGGAUCAAGAUUCGGUUGUACCUUUACUUGGUUCACGUACAUUAGUGCGUGAGCUUGCUCAUGAUCUCGCGUUCAAGAUCACAGUCCCGUAUGGAGCUUGGUUCCAUAAAGGACAGGUGGGAGGUUGGGUGACUGAGUAUGGAAACUUGCUGACUUUUGCAACGGUUAGAGGUGCUGCUCAUAUGGUGCCUUAUGCACAGCCAUCAAGGGCUCUGCAUCUCUUCAGCUCGUUUGUUCGAGGCAGGAGACUGCCAAACAACACGAGGCCUUCCAUUGAUGAAUAAUGAUGAUCAAAGUGAGUUUGAUGUUUCUUUUUCAGGUGUGUGUUUUGGAUUUGAUUCAGAGUUGUUUAUGUUUGAGUUUGAUUUCUGCCCAAGGCAAAAAGGCCAUUUCUUAGUUGUAACAAUAUGGAAAAGCAAAGAAAAAUCACAGAAAUGAUGAUGUAUUCAUUUUUUUUGUGGAAUGAAUGUAAAUCAUUUUAGAA